GGAGAGGAGGUGCAAGGUGUGGAGUAGAAGAGCUUUUCAAGAGGUAGGCUUCGAGUUGAGUACCUUUGGGAUUCGAGGGAGUCUUCUGGUCGGCUUAAGAGUAUUAUUUCUAUCCUUGAGGCGGAGCGUGAGUGGAGUGAUUUGUUGUCUGAAUCAAGUCUCCGUCAGAGUUCUUUGUGGCGCUCUGUUGAAAAACUCCCUGAAGACGUAGCUAUGUCCCGACCCUUUACACUUCCUCUAACCGGUUCCAAUGCCUUGGAAUGUUUGCGUCAAGCAAAGAAAUCGUCCGUUGGGAGCUCGGAAGCUGAUAGAGAGGUUGUCGUGCCUCCUGCUGAUCCUCCUGUUUUGACGCGGAGUCAGACGAGAAAAAAGAAGAAGGCUGUGCAGGAUGAUUCUUCCGACCCAUUUAGCGACACCGUUGCCCUUUCGUUCCCCUCCAAUGUUGCUGCUUAUAGUGAGAUUGGGCCUCACUUAGGAGAGAUUGAUAAGCUGUUGUGGCCCGAAGAUGAUCACAGAAUGGAGCAAGUUGGUACGGAUGGGUCAAUUGAUACCACUGUUUCCCAUUUGUUCCAGGGUUUGCAAGGGGUUAUUUGGCUGAAGAAGAAAAUCAAGUCCUUAAUGACAACUCUGAAGGAAGUAAAGAGUCAAAGAAAUGAUCUUCGGGGUGAAGUUGGUCGGCUGAAAGAUUCCAAGAGUGAGUCUGAUCAACUUAUAGCUGACUUAAAGACUCAACUAGAAUCCAAGGAAGCUGAUGUCGAGAAGCUGAGAGUGACUCUUGGUCAAGUUGAUGUUUUGAAAGCCGAGGUUUCUUCGUUGGAGAAUCGGAUGUUAGUCAUUGGGCUGGAGGCUGAGAUCCAAUGUCGUGGCGUAAUGGACAGUGAGUUUCGGGAUGGUAAGGCUGAUAGCUGGGAUGUUCCUAAAUACAUAGCUGAUCUUGAGGAAUUGGAGACGAUGAAGGCUGAAGAGACAACCCGGGCCGAAGAGUUAGCCACUUCUUUCGGCAUCAUGACUACUAAUGAUCUGGUUGUGGAUGACUGAUUCCUCUUCUAUUCGUGUUCACUGUCGCGGGAUGACUGAGUUUGUCUCGCCUUUUCUAGUUGUUGUAUGAACUUUUUCUUAUGUAGUAUUGUAUCCUGAUCUAACUGACCUAGUCUUGUUGUAUUCUGGCUGGUUGUAGCUUGUGUUAGUUGUUGUAUGAACUUUUUCUUAUGUAGUAUUGUAUCGAAUGCCGGUUGGCUGAUCAUAUAUGGAGUAUUAGU